CGGUGUUCGUGGUUUCCACACGGACACUUCCUCCCCGCGCAGUUCAUUCCCGUGCCUUCGCUCAUCGUCUUCCGGAGUGGACUAUUCAUGAAAACUUGAGCAAACUGAAUCAAACUUUUGCCAAUUUCUGCUACUACAACUUUUGCUUUUUGUUGACGUUGAUGGCGGGAGGCGGCAGCUCUUUGUUCUCCGGCUUCCGGGUUUUGGGACUCUACUGCAAUCAUGUCCCGCACGUGCUUCGCUACCAUCAAAAACACCGCGAGUUCUACGUGGUGACGUCAGUGGGCAAAUGUUUGCACACAUAUAACGUGGCACAUUUGGGCAUCGUGUCCGUCAGUAACACCCUCCAGGAUGACAUCACUUGCGUGGCUGCGGACCGGAUGUUGGUGUUCGCUGCCACAGGAAGACUGGUCUGCGCCCUGGCCAGGAACAAAGAGGUGGUGAUGCGUUAUCGCGGUCACGAGCAGGAAGUGCGCCUGCUGCUUCCUUUGGGCGAUCAGCUGAUCUCGGCCGACAGCGGGGGACACCUCAUCGUGUGGGACGUCCACGGCGGCGAAAUCUACCUGCGGCUUCAGUUCGAGCCCGCCACCUUUGACGUGUCGGCCAUGAUGCACCCCAGCACGUACCUGAACAAGGUGCUGCUGGGGAGCUCCCAGGGUGCAUUGCAGCUGUGGAACGUGAAAAGCAACAAGCUGCUGUACACCUUCCCGGGAUGGUCAGCGGGGGUCACCGUCCUGCAGCAGAGCCCGGCCGUGGACGUGGUGGGCGUCGGCACGGCAACGGGUCGCAUCGUCAUUCACAACAUCAGACUAGACGAGACGCUGAUGACCUUCACUCAGGACUGGGGACCAAUCACGGCGCUGGCUUUCAGGACAGACGGUUCUCCGAUGGUGGCGUCCGGUAGUCCUCAGGGUCACAUGGCGUUCUGGGACCUGGAGCGUCAGCAGCUGAUCGCUCAGCAGAGACACGUUCACCACACGGCGGUGGCCGCCGCCAGCUUCCUGCACGGCGAGCCGCUACUGGUCACCAACGGCGCAGACAACGCCCUCAAGGUGUGGGUGUUUGACCAGGAGGGGGGCGGAGCUAGGUUGCUGAGGAGUCGCCAAGGACACAGUGCCCCACCCAGCUUUAUACGUCACCACGGCAACAGCGGCAAGGACAUCCUGAGCGCAGGUCAGGACGGCACACUGCAGUCUUUCUCCACCGUGCACGAGCGAUUCAACAAGAACCUGGGACACGGCUCCAUCAAUAAAAAGAAAGAACAGAAGAAGAAGAAGAACUUGUCGUAUGAGGCACUCCGUCUCCCAGCUAUCACUGCAUUCUCCUCCGCCACAGCCCGCCAAUCAGACUGGGACGGCAUUGUCGCGUGUCACCGCGGUUGCCUAGCAACCACCACCUGGAACUACCGGCGGUGCACCAUGGGAGCGCAUCACCUGCAGCCGCCGGGUGGCCGCGGUGACGCCGUCGCCACGGCCGUCGACGUCACGUCCUGCGGGAACUUUGCCGUGGUGGGCUCGUCGUGCGGCCGCGUCGACGUGUACAACCUGCAGUCUGGACUUCAUCGCGGUUGCUAUGGAGACAAGCAGAAAGCUCACGGCGGCGUGGUGCGAGGCGUCGCCACGGAUACGCUCAACGAGCUGACCGUCACCGCCGCGUCUGACUCGCUACUCAAGUUCUGGCGCUUCAAGAGCCACAAACAGGAAGACGAGAUCAAGUUCAACGCGGCGCCUGCUAGCAUGAAGCUGCACAGAGACAGCGGGAUGCUCGCAGUAGCGUUGGAUGACUUCACCGUGCUGAUUGUUGACGUAGAAACCAAGCGAGUGGUCCGAAAGUUUGCCGGUCACCAUGGCAACACCAACGACAUGACUUUUAGUCCAGACGGGCGCUGGUUGGUCACUGCUGGGAUGGACUGUACCAUUCGGACAUGGGACCUCCCCUCUGGAAGCCUUGUCGACUGCUUCCUGGUUUCCAUGGCGCCGCUAGGCGUGUCUAUGUCACCGACUGGAGACUUCCUGGCGACGACCCACGUGGACAGUCCGGGUGUUUACUUGUGGACCAAUAACAGCCUUUGUGGGCCCGUGGGGCUCCGCCCCCUCCCGGCCCACUACCAACCCACCGAGGAGACGCUGCCAGGAGCAGCGGUGCUUGAGGUUGAGCAGAAAGUGACAUCAGAGGAGGUCGACGACGCAUACCAGUCAUGUGAGCAGCUGGGGGCGGAGCUUGUGACUCUGUCUCAGUUGCCUGAGUCGCGCUGGAAAAGUCUUCUUCACCUGGACACUAUUAAGAGGAGGAACAAAGCAGUCGCGGCGCCAGUGGUGGGAAAGUCCGCGCCGUUCUUCCUGCCCACCGUCCCAGGCCUCACGCCACGCUUCGCCAUGCCCGUACAGGAAGUGCAGUCCAAGGUGUUGAGCGGCAGUCCACUGUCCCAGAGGUCAAAGUUCAGCAGUGCUCUGGAGGCGUGUCUUCACACGGGUUCAUACGACGUCCCCGUCCAGAUCUUGAAGGAUUUGGGACCGUCUGCGCUCUCGGUGGAGCUCACCUGUCUGUCACCUGAAGGAGGCGGAGCCAGCAGCCUCCUGGUGGCUUUCGUCCACAUGAUCGAGGGCAUGUUGGCCAGUGGGCGGGACUUUGAUCUGGCUCACGGGUACCUGUGUCUGUUCCUCCAGCGUCACCUGCGCUCGCUGUCGCAGGACGCGUCUGCCGUGGAAGCGUUGCUCCGCCUCUCCUCGCGUCUGGAGGCAGGGUGGGCGGAGCUGCAGGCGUCGUUUAACCAAUCACUUUGUCUGCUGGCGUACGCUAAGAGCGCACUGCUGUGAGCUCGUCUUCCUCCGUCCCUGUGGGACGCCUAUUUCUCUCCUGGACUAAUAGGACAGUCUUCUUGUAAGCAGCCAAUGAGAAAGCAUUUCAUGUGACAGUUGCCAUGACAACAACUUCACACCUAGUUACUCUCUUUUUAUUCAAUAAAUCAGUGCUUCUCAAACUUUUUUUCACCAACUACCACCUCAGAAAAAACUUGGCUCCACCGUACCACCAUAAUGACAAACAUUAAGAUACACGAGCGUAGUAGGCCUAAGUAUUCAUCAAAAACUAGGCAGAGGUUUUUAUUUAACAUCUAUAUUCCAAAAACAUGCACCUUGGGAUAGGUUGAUUGGCAACACUAAAUGGGCCCUAGUGUGUGAAUGUUGUCUGUCUAUCUGUGUUGGCCCUGUGAUGAGGUGGCGACUUGUCCAGGGUGUACCCGCCUUCCGCCCGAAUGCAGCUGAGAUAGGCUCCAGCACCGCUCGCGACCCCAAAAAGGGACAAGCGGUAGAAAAUGGAUGGAUGGAUGGAUUUGUAUUUAAUAUUUUUGCC